ACUCGCUCGGUCACACGCUGAUUGUCAGUCUGUGAGUUUCUUCGUCUGUUAUUGUUGAAGAUGCAGGAGGACAGAGAAUGUCCACCACUGCCAGAUGCUGCUCAGACGGGCUUCACAGAGCUGGAGGAUGAGGAGGAUCUGUUCGUCAGCACCGUGAGCGAGAUGAAGGCCAGUUCAACAUCUCCAGAACCUGCUCGCCUGCCGACAGAACACAUCAGCAGCAGCUCUAAUGGACCCAAACACGAGCAGAUCUUAUUAGACGACGAUCAGGACGACCUGUUUGCUGAAGCCACAGAAGAAGUGUCACUGGACAGUCCAGAACACCAGCCGAUCCUGUCAGACGGCCCGUCACCCGCCAUCACCCCGGUCACACCCACCAUCAUGAUCAACCCGAGAGUGGACGCGGGCAUCUUCGACCGAUCGCCGGAUAAGGAUGAAGAUGAUGAAGAACACGGGGACACAUUCGACAUCCAGAUAUCCGUGUCUGACCCUGAGAAAGUUGGUGACGGCAUGAAUGCGUACAUGGUCUAUAAAGUGGCGACCAAGAGCAGCUGCUCCAUCUUCAGCAGAGACCAGUUCUCAGUCAAGAGGAGAUUCAGUGAUUUUCUGGGAUUACACAGUAAAUUAGCCUCUAAGUACAUACACGUGGGAUACAUUGUGCCCCCUGCGCCAGAGAAAAGCAUUGUGGGAAUGACGAAGGUGAAAGUUGGGAAAGAGGAUUUGUCAUCUGUAGAGUUUGUAGAGAAAAGAAGAUCUGCUUUGGAAAGGUAUCUGAUGCGGACGGUCAAACACCCCGCGCUGCUCAAAGACCCGGAUGUUGUGCAGUUUCUGGAGAGUUCUGAGCUGCCGCGAGCGGUUAGCACACAGGCGCUGAGCGGAGCCGGCAUAUUGAGGAUGGUAAACAAAGCAGCCGACGCUGUCAACAAAAUGACAAUCAAGAUGAAUGAAUCGGAUGCGUGGUUUGAGGACAAACAGCAGCAGUUUGAGAAUCUGGACGUUCAGCUGAGGAAACUUCAUGCCAGUGUGGAGUCACUGGUGUGCCACAGGAAGGAGCUCUCUGUGAACACGGCAUCAUUUGCGAAGAGCACUGCGAUGUUGGGAAACUCGGAGGAUCACACGGCGCUGUCGCGGGCGCUGUCUCAGCUCGCCGAGGUGGAGGAGAAGAUCGAUCAGCUCCAUCAGGAACAAGCGUACGCUGACUUCUACCUGUUUACUGAGCUGCUGGGAGAUUACGUCAGACUCAUCACUGCAGUCAAAGGCGUGUUUGACCAGCGGAUGAAAACGUGGUCCAAAUGGCAGGACGCUCAGCUGAUGCUGCAGCGCAAGAGAGAUGCUGAAGCCAAACUACAGUGCGCCAACAAACCCGACAAACUCCAACAGGCCAAAGACGAAAUCAAGGAGUGGGAAGGUAAAGUACAGCAGGGUGAACGAGAUUUCGAGCAGAUAUCAAAAAACAUCCGUCGAGAGGUGAGCAGGUUUGAGAAAGACCGAGUGAAGGAUUUCAAAGUGGUCAUCGUUAAAUACCUGGAGACGCUAGUUCAUAGACAACAGCAGCUAAUCAAAUAUUGGGAGGCGUUCUUACCUGAAGCCAAAGCGAUUGCGUAAUCGGACACAAACUCACCUCGACUCGGCAUCUUUAUUCUCCGUUCAUUUGCACUACAGUAAACAUGACAUGAAUCUUUCCAGACUUUGUAAUGUUCUGGUGUGUAAAGAUCACCGAUGUGAUUUAUUCAGCUCUGGGAUUGGGUCACGCUUUCAUUUCACAUGUUUUAUCCAUGGAAGUAAAAUAUCUUUCAAAUCAAAUAAAGAUGAAUCUCUGGUUUAAUGUUGGCAAUGAUCCGAAAGGGGAAAGCCUUCUGAAGAUGAAUGUUUUCUGCUUUGAUUUUUCUUGAAUGUAAAGGACCGCAUUAGUACUCCGAAUCAGUAUUUAAGAGUAUUUUUAAUCAUCAGUCGAUCAGCUUUUCAGCAUGCGCUCUGGACUCUGGUGCUUUGACCUAUAUACAGUACAUAUGUAUAUUUUUUUAUUUUGCUUUGUAGCCUGAAAAUUUUGAAGUUUGAAAAUUUCAGUUGAUUCAUUGUUCAGAUUUUUUAAUCAAGUAUUUUUACUCAACUGUACAUUCCUGUUCAACAAUAUCUGAAAGCUAAUAAAGGAAUGAAUCAAAGUGUCUGAAGUUAAUUUCA